AUGGCAGACCCAAACCUUCCAGCAAAUAACGCCAGCGAUACCGAACGUCAAAACUGCCAAAUGCGCAGAGUGCCUGAACUUGUGCGAUUCAAUAAACACACGAAGGAGGAUUACUACACUCCUAAGAUGGUUUCCUUUGGCCCUUAUUACCAUGGCUUGCCAGAACUUCGCAUUGCAGAAGAACUCAAGCGUAAAGUCCUUGAGGACUUCGUUUCAAGCAGAUGCCAAGAAUUACUCUACAGCCAGAUCUCUGAAGUGAUCGAACAGAUUAGAAAUUGUUACGUUGGGGAUUCUACAAAUGCAUAUGAUGAUAGAGCACUAGCAGAAAUGAUGCUACUAGAUGCAUCUUUCGCUAUUUAUAUCAUGAAGAUUGAAUUGGGAUGCAGCAAAACAUUCGAACACUCCCGUUGGCAUCUUGGAAUAGCUGCAACGCCAUUUUUAUCCGAGGAUCUGAUUUUAUUCAAUAAUCAAAUUCCACUCCGGGUUAUUAAGCUCUUGUGUGAUUUAAUGCAUGCAAGUCGAUACACUUUAAUUUAUCACUUCUUAAGUUUCUUUGUUUUUAGGAAGAAAGAGCUAAUAAGAAGAAUUCCUGAAGAAGACGAAUGGCAACCACUGCACCUUCUGGAUGCUUCUUAUCAACUACUUGUCAAACACGGGAAUGAAACAACAAAUGCAGGAGAAGAAACUCAUAACCUAGAAAAUUCAAAUAACCCAAGGGAAUUAUACAGUCGUCUACCUGAUUCAGUCCCCGGCUGCGAUAUUCCAGCACCAACAAAUGCAGGAGAAGAGACUAUUAACGAAGUUUCAAGUGAAUACGAUCAUCAAUCUAUUUUAGACCCCAAUACUCCAGAACCAACAAAUGCAGGAGUAGAGAAUAUUAUUCAAGAAAAUUCAAAUGAAUACGAUCGUCAAUCUCUUUCAGUCACCGCACUCAAAGCAAAGGGCAUCCACUUCAAACCUAGUUCAUAUAGUUUGAAGGAUAUUAAGUUCGAAUCCUUCAAAUUUUAUGGGCAACUUCAACUCCCGAUUUUCUUUUUUCAUGCUAAUUCCAAGCUAAGAUUUACGCAAAUGAUUGAACAUGAAAUGACUCUAGAAAAAGUGUAUAACUUUACUUCGUUAUGUUAUGUUAAUUUCAUGAAGUCGCUCAUUGUUAAAUCUGAAGAUGUUAAGGAACUGCGAGAAAAGACCUCGACAGUGAUGAACAGAUUGUGGAAGUAA